GGAUGACGAAAAAGAAAACAUGUAUGGUGAUAGUCCUCAACCGGACGACGAAUUUAAUUUGGACGAGGUUUUGCAUUUGGGUGGAACCCGAACCUGGAUGAUGACUUGGCUGGUGAUCUGGAUGAGGCGUCCCUAGGCAGUUUGGAUGAGGAGGACUUUGGAGAUGAACUUGGGGAGGAGGGAGGGGCCUUCAUGGACAGCAUUGGAGAGGAUGAUGAGGAAGGUUCACACUUGUCUCUAAUCUGUCUUCCAGUUCCAGAACUUGAUGAUGAUAACACUGAUUCAGAUGAGAUGGAGGUUCCACACACAAGGCCAGGUUCUAAAAAGAGGAAGGCAUCAGAGGAUCUUGACAUCAGUGGUUCUUUAGGUUCCAAACCAGGGAAGAAAAGGAAAGGAAAAACAGCCAUGUUGGCAUCUGCUGAAGAGUUUUUUUUACAGUUUGUGUAUAUGUUGGAUGAAAAUGCUGGUUCUCUGUUUGACAACAUUGGCAUGAAUGCUAUGGCCAACAAAGACAAAGCAGGUGUCAGGCAGCUCAAGUGGGAAGCCCAGAGAGACAACUGGGUCCGUGGCAGAGACACCUAAUGAAGAAGAAGGCCAUGUUUAACAAGAAGAAACAGUUUGGCAAACCAAGGGCUGGCAAAAAGACUUUCAAGAAGAAGUAAUACUUUCUGGACCUAAGAUUACUUAUGUUUGUGUUCACACACCUCUAUUCCUUCUUGGACCAAUCUUCAAGGUCUUUCUCUCGAAUUCCAUAAACCCCAGCAUAUUCGUUGGACUUGUAAUAAACUGGAAAGAGAGUGAUAGUCUCUCAGCAUUCAACACAUUUAAUCACAUGAUGGUUCAGUGGGGGCAGCAUGUCCACUGUAGCAAAAUGUUUUGCAACUGUUUCCACUAAUGAAUACACCGGUGUAUUGCCUCAAUCUAACCCUGUUGCCAGUUCCAGGUUGUACUGCCAAUCAUUGGAGAAACGACUAAAUACCUGUGAAAUGAUGUAUUCUCUGUAUAGCUAUUUUAACUCUGUAUUGUAUUUUGUAUAGGUUUAUACAAGAAAUACAAAAUGAAAACAGUA